UUGGUCACUAAAAUGAUCUUAUAGAGUAAGGAUGCAUCAUGCAUGGAGGCUACACCUGUCUUCUUCUCAGUGCAGCAACUGCCACUCACCCAUACCAGGCCACCUCAUCUUAUCCCUUUCCUCAAACCCCAUCUUCCUCUUCAUUCCUUUCUUCAUCUAACAUAAAAAUUCUGAAACUUAAAUAUGACUAUUGCUUCUUAAUUGGUGCGUAUUAUAUGAGUUGCUGUUCUGGAGGAUUUUCCCCAAUUCUCAGUUCUAUUUUUCAGUGAUAGAUUAUAUAUGUUGGGCUUUUGGAAGUGAGGAAGGAUGAAAGGUGAGGAUGAGAAGAAGAAGAUUAUAACCAGCAAAAGCCAGAGAAAAUGGGUUGUGGAGAGGGGAGUGAGACUGGGAAGGAAUGUUAUAGUGACUGCCCUUUUCGUCUCAUCUGCGCCGUUGGUUCUUCCUCCGCUCAUAGCCAUUUCUGUGGUGGGGUUUGUGGUUUGGGUCCCUGUUGGUGUUGUGGUCGGCAGCUAUGCAGCGACUGAGAAGCUCAUGAGCAAGUUGCUUCCAAUGCCUUCUUCACCUUCCCGGCCUCUCCUCUUGGAGGGCUGCCACCGUGCUGCCACACAAGUGUCUGCAGAUGAAGAUUUAGCUCGCAGGGACUCCGAAGGAAGUGGGGAAUACACAGGCUAUGAAGAAACAAAGACUUCUGGUGAAGAGGUAGAAGGGGGAGGCACUUUUGUGGAGGGUUGUGAAGAAAGGUCGGAUUUUGUUGGAAAGGAAGAGAAUAGCAUGAACAGAGAUGGGCAGGUCUUGGUGGAGGAGGAAGGUGAUUAUAAGGCUGAUGAAGUUUUCCAGCACUUGGAGGGAAAACAUGAGAAAGAUAACACCACUAAUGUAGUAGAUGAGAAUUUGGUUGUGGAGUUCUGGCAGGAUGUUAAUGCGAAUGAGAAUAUGGACAUAGGGUAUGAUGUGGAAGACGGCAGUGAAUACUCGAAAGGAGAACUUGAGGACAAGAGACAGGAGCUGGAAGAUGCGGGUAAUAUCGAUGAGCAUUCGGAGAAAGAAGAUGAGGAAGAUGCCUGUGAAUGCACAGUGGGAGAUGGGAAAGGGAAUGCCAUUGAUGUGAUUUCGGAAGAAGAAGGUUAUAUGGAGGAGGUUGGUGAAAACUUCCUAGAGGGAGAGCACGAGGACGGAAAAGGUGAUGAAAAUUUGGAGAAGGGUUAUGAGGAAGCGGAUGUUGGCGAGUCCUUGGAGGGAGAAGGAGAUGGAAAGGGGAUUAUUACCAUUAUGGAUGAGGAUUUGAAAGAACGUUAUGCGAAAGAAGAUGGUGAACCUUUGGAUGGACAAAAUGAGGACGGAAUCAAAGAUGAGAUUUUGGAGAAGACAUGCUAUGAUGAGGAGGAUGUUGGCGAAAGUGUGGAGGAAGAACAUGACAAGGAGAAAGAGGCCAAUACAUACGAGUACAUGAAGAAGGAAGGUUGUGACACGAAAGAGGUUACCACUUCAGUCAGUUUGAAAGAGGAAUAUCAUGUGAAGGACAUAAGCAAGAACUUAGAUGGAGAACAAGAUGUGGAUUCGGAGAAGGGUUACGAGGACGAUGUUGAUGAAUGCUUGGAGGAAGAUCAAGGAGACGUGGAAGAGAUUCCCAUUGAAAGGGAUGUGAAAGAAGAAGAAGAAGAAGAUUACAUGGAGGAAGUUGAUGAAUACUCGGAUACAAAAGAUGAGAAUUUGGAGAAAGAUUAUAAGGAGCAUGAUGUAGAAUACUUGGAGGUAGAACAAGGAAUUGGGGAAGUAAUUCGCAUUGAUGAAACCCUAGAGAAAGGUUAUGAGGGGGAGGAGGAGGAAUACUUGGAGGUUGAACAAGGAGAUGGGAAAGAAAUUAGUACUGAUGAUUACAUGGAGAGUGGUUAUGAGGAGGAGGAUGAAGAAUACUUAGAGGCAGAACAGGGAGAUGGUAAAGUAAUUACCAUUGCUGAAACCUUGGAUAAAGGUUAUAGAGGGGAGGAGGAUGAGGAACACGUGAAGGGGGGAGAAGAAGGGCACGAAAUAGAGAUUACCAAUGAUUUGAAUUUGAAAGAGGAUGAAGAGGACAUUGGCAAACGAUUAGAGGGAGAACUUGAGGGAAAUAAAGAGAUUGGCAAUGAUCAUAUCUUGAAAGAUGAAAGCUAUGGGGAAGAGGCCAUUCGGCAGUACUUUGAAGGAGAAGAGCCUGAGGACCUACCGGCUACUGAGAUGAAGAUUGAAGGACUGUUAGACGUGGUGGCAAGGAGAGGUAGCGAAAAUAAUAAUGGUGACAACAAAGUUGGAAACAGUGAAGGUGAUGAAAGUUUUGAGGGCAAAAGUGUUAGUUUACUAGAUAAGAAACAUCUAGAAAAAUCAAAUGAAUUUGAGGAAGAGGAUGCAAAAAUGGAGAGAUCUGAAGAGCCAGCUGAGCCUAUUCCAGCACAAGAUGAGAUUACACCAGAAACUAAGAAGCAAAUUGCGGGAGAAGAUUUGAAACAACAUCAUGUGAAGAAGGACCAAUUCUUGUUGAUCAACGAGGAAAAUCAUGUUCAGGAGGGUGUUUCUUCUAGCACAGAGGAACCCCAACAGAAGGAUUCUGAACCCAGUAUUGAUGAAACAGAAACCACCACGGCCAACAAAAGCACCACCGUUUCUGAUAAAGGAAAUGCAACAGUGAAGCAGCAGGAUUCACCAGGAGGAUUACACCCAUCAGAACAUUAUGUGACCAAAACUAACGAUGGUGCAGAGGAACCAUCAUCCUGUGAGGUCAUGGACAUAAGUGAGGAGAAGAUAUGGGAGCAGGUGUGUGCAUUAAAGGCAAUCUUGG